AUAAUGCAGUCAGCCAGAUUGUGUAUUAAAUCUCGAGAAAUAUUUCUCAGUCAACCGAUUUUACUGGAGUUAGAAGCACCACUAAAGAUUUGUGGUGACGUUCAUGGUCAGUAUUAUGAUUUACUGCGACUUUUUGAGUAUGGUGGUUUUCCUCCUGAAUCGAAUUAUCUAUUUCUUGGAGAUUAUGUAGAUAGAGGUAAGCAGUCUCUAGAAACAAUUUGCUUACUUUUGGCAUAUAAAAUAAAAUAUCCUGAAAAUUUUUUUCUCUUAAGAGGAAAUCAUGAGUGCGCAUCUAUUAACAGGAUAUAUGGUUUCUAUGAUGAAUGCAAAAGACGGUACAAUAUUAAAUUGUGGAAAACUUUCACUGACUGCUUCAACUGUUUGCCGGUAGCAGCAAUUAUCGAUGAAAAGAUUUUUUGUUGUCAUGGAGGUUUAUCACCUGAUCUCCAAUCUAUGGAGCAAAUACGACGUAUUAUGCGUCCAACGGAUGUGCCAGAUCAAGGUUUACUUUGCGAUCUUCUGUGGUCCGAUCCAGACAAAGAUGUUACAGGCUGGGGCGAAAAUGAUCGAGGUGUUUCAUUUACGUUCGGUCCUGAAGUGGUAGCAAAGUUUUUGCAUAAACAUGAUCUGGAUCUCAUCUGCCGUGCUCACCAAGUUGUCGAAGAUGGUUAUGAAUUUUUCGCAAAAAGACAGUUGGUCACAUUGUUCUCUGCUCCAAAUUAUUGUGGGGAAUUUGAUAAUGCUGGAUCGAUGAUGACUGUAGAUGAGACGCUGAUGUGUUCUUUUCAGAUUUUGAAACCGGCGGACAAAAAGAAAUUCCCAUAUAGUAGUGUCGGAUCUGGCCGUCCAGUAACACCGCCGAGGACACCAGCUCCAAACGCUAAGAAGGGCAAGAAAUAG